AUGUCGCCCACCACUGGAGUACCAUCACGUUCCAAGAACAGCCUACAGACCAUUUUAUUAAGGUCGCCCAGCGCAAUGCAACCACAACGUGAUGAAUGUGAGGUUCCACGUGCUGAGAGUGAAUGUGAGGUUAAACGUGCUGAGAGUGAAUGUGAUGAAUGUGAGGUUCCACGUGCUGAGAGUGAAUGUGAGGUUCCACGUGCUGAGAGUGAAUGUGAGGUUCCACGUGCUGAGAGUGAAUGUGAGGUUCCACGUGCUGAGAGUGAAUGUGAGGUUCCACGUGCUGAGAGUGAAUGUGAUGAAUGUGAGGUUCCACGUGCUGAGAGUGAAUGUGAGGUUCCACGUGCUGAGAGUGAAUGUGAGGUUCCACGUGCUGAGAGUGAAUGUGAGGUUCCACGUGCUGAGAGUGAAAGUGAGGUUCCACGUGCUGAGAGUGAACGUGAUGAAUGUGAGGUUCCACGUGCUGAGAGUGAAUGUGAGGUUCCACGUGCUGAGAGUGAAUGUGAGGUUCCACGUGCUGAGAGUGAAUGUGAGGUUCCCCGUGCUGAGAGUGAAUGUGAGGUUCCACGUGCUGAGAGUGAAUGUGAGGUUCCACGUGCUGAGAGUGAAUGUGAGGUUCCACGUGCUGAGAGUGAAUGUGAUGAAUGUGAGGUUCCACGUGCUGAGAGUGAACGUGAUGAAUGUGAGGUUCCACGUGCUGAGAGUGAACGUGAUGAAUGUGAGGUUCCACGUGCUGAGAGUGAACGUGAUGAAUGUGAGGUUCCACGUGCUGAGAGUGAACGUGAUGAAUGUGAGGUUCCACGUGCUGAGAGUGAACGUGAUGAAUGUGAGGUUCCACGUGCUGAGAGUGAACGUGAUGAAUGUGAGGUUCCACGUGCUGAGAGUGAACGUGAUGAAUGUGAGGUUCCACGUGCUGAGAGUGAACGUGAUGAAUGUGAGGUUCCACGUGCUGAGAGUGAACGUGAUGAAUGUGAGGUUCCACGUGCUGAGAGUGAAUGUGAUGAAUGUGAGGUUCCACGUGCUGAGAGUGAACGUGAUGAAUGUGAGGUUCCACGUGCUGAGAGUGAACGUGAUGAAUGUGAGGUUCCACGUGCUGAGAGUGAACGUGAUGAAUGUGAGGUUCCACGUGCUGAGAGUGAACGUGAUGAAUGUGAGGUUCCACGUGCUGAGAGAGAACGUGAUGAAUGUGAGGUUCCACGCGCUGAGAGUGAACGUGAUGAAUGUGAGGUUCCACGUGCUGAGAGUGAACGUGAUGAAUGUGAGGUUCCACGUGCUGAGAGUGAACGUGAUGAAUGUGAGGUUCCACGUGCUGAGAGUGAACGUGAUGAAUGUGAGGUUCCACGUGCUGAGAGUGAACGUGAUGAAUGUGAGGUUCCACGUGCUGAGAGUGAACGUGAUGAAUGUGAGGUUCCACGCGCUGAGAGUGAACGUGAUGAAUGUGAGGUUCCACGUGCUGAGAGUGAACUGGGUGGAUGCUGGCCUCAUCAGGGCCGCCCUAUCCCUGUUGACAAGUCACAUGUGCCACGACGAGAAUGUAAGAUUAAAAUCCGCUUUGUGUUUUGA